CAUGAGUUGGAGCUUCCUGACUCGCCUGCUAGAGGAGAUCCACAACCAUUCAACAUUUGUAGGGAAGAUCUGGCUCACUGUGCUGAUUGUCUUUCGAAUUGUCCUGACUGCUGUGGGAGGAGAGUCUAUCUACUAUGAUGAACAAAGCAAAUUUGUGUGCAACACAGAGCAGCCGGGAUGUGAGAACGUCUGCUAUGAUGCCUUCGCACCACUCUCCCACGUGCGCUUCUGGGUGUUCCAGAUCAUCCUGGUUGCAACUCCCUCUGUGAUGUACCUGGGAUAUGCUAUUCAUAAGAUUGCCAAAAUGGAGCAUGGUGAAGCAGACAAGAAGGCAGCUCGGAGCAAACCCUAUGCCAUGCGUUGGAAGCAGCACCGGGCUCUGGAAGAAACGGAAGAGGACCAUGAAGAGGAUCCUAUGAUGUAUCCAGAAAUGGAGUUAGAGAGUGAGAAAGAAAAUAAAGAGCAGAGCCAACCAAAACCUAAGCAUGAUGGCAGAAGGCGAAUUCGGGAGGAUGGGCUCAUGAAAAUCUAUGUGUUGCAGCUGCUGGCCAGGACUGUGUUUGAGGUGGGCUUUCUGAUAGGACAGUAUUUCCUGUAUGGUUUUCAAGUCCACCCAUUUUAUGUGUGCAGCAGACUUCCUUGUCCUCACAAGAUAGACUGCUUUAUUUCUAGACCCACUGAAAAGACCAUCUUCCUCCUGAUAAUGUAUGGUGUUACAGGCCUCUGCCUACUGCUUAACAUUUGGGAGAUGCUUCAUUUAGGGUUUGGGACCAUUCGAGACUCACUGAACAGUAAAAGGAGGGAGCUUGACGAUCCGGGUGCUUAUAAUUAUCCUUUCACUUGGAAUACACCAUCUGCUCCCCCUGGCUAUAACAUUGCUGUCAAACCAGAUCAAAUCCAGUACACCGAGUUGUCCAACGCUAAGAUUGCCUACAAGCAAAACAAAGCCAAUAUCGCCCAGGAACAGCAGUACGGCAGCCAUGAGGAGCAUCUCCCGGCUGAUCUGGAGACUCUGCAACGGGAGAUCAGGAUGGCUCAGGAACGCUUGGAUCUAGCAAUCCAGGCCUACCAUCACCAAAAUAACCCCCAUGGUCCUCGGGAAAAGAAGGCCAAAGUGGGGUCCAAAUCGGGGUCCAACAAAAGCAGUAUUAGUAGCAAAUCAGGGGAUGGGAAGACCUCCGUCUGGAUUUAAUCUUGGUUGGGCUUAAACCUUGGGUUUUCAUAGUUUAUGGUAAGCAGCGACUCGCUGAAUAAUGACUUCCAUUGAGUAAACAUUUGGCUCUGGUUAUCUUCAGG